UCCUGUUAGAUACAAUUACUAUCCCCACUUUAUACAUGGAGAACCUGGGUUGUUGAGAAUCUAAGUAACUUUCCUGUUAGGCUGGAAAUUCCCAGAAGGAAGAAACCUUCUGUGUUUUUCUCAUCAUUGAGUCCAGAAGUACUAGUUGCAUGCCUGGCAUACGGUAGGCACUCAAUAAAUGGUUGUUGAAUGGAUGGGUAGAUGGAUAGGUGUGUGAAUGGAUGGGUGGAGGGAGGGAGGGAGAAAGGGAUGGUGGAGGGAGAGAAAGAGUGGGGAGGAGAGGAGGAAGGGAGAAUGGACUGACGGACAGGUGGAUGGGUGGCAGGAAGGAGUGGAAGGGCUGGGAUGUCUGUCUCCAAUGUCCAUCCUCUGCCACAGUUGGGACGACCUCAGAAGCAAGGCUGGCAUCACAUCUUAUGUGGCUUUCCUGUAUCUCUGUGCAGGUGCCACCAUGCAGGUGAAAAAGUACCUGCUGAAGUGCCUGCACAGACUGCAGAAGGGCCCUGGCUACACAUACAAGGAGCUGCUGGUAUGGUACUGCAACAACACCAACACCCACGGCCCCAAGCGCAUCAUCUGUGAGGGGCCCAAGAAGAAGGCCAUGUGGUUUGUGCUCACCCUGCUGUUCACCUCCCUUGUCUGCUGGCAGUGGGGUGUCUUCAUCAAGACUUACCUGAGCUGGAAGGUCAGCGUCUCCCUCUCCAUAGGCUUCAAGACCAUGGACUUCCCCGCUGUCACCAUCUGCAACGCCAGCCCUUUCCGAUAUUCCAAAGUCAAGCAUUUGCUGAAGGACCUGGACGAACUGAUGGAAGCGCUCCUGGAAAGGAUCCUGGCUCCCGAGUCAAGCAAUGCCAGUGCCACCAGGGCCCUGAACUUUACCAUCUGGAACCAUACACCCCUGGUCCUCAUCGAUGAGCGAAACCCCGACCAUCCAGUGGUCCUCGACCUCUUUGGGGAUAACUACGCUGGCUCAGCAAGCAGCAGCUCAGCACCAAAAAUCCAUAAUGCCCAGGGGUGCAAAGUGGCCAUGAGACUAUGCAGCUUCAACGGGACUGUGUGCACCUUCAAGAACUUCACUAGCGCCACCCAGGCGGUGACGGAGUGGUAUGUCCUGCAGGCCACCAACAUCUUCUCCCAGGUGCCGAGAAAGGAGCUAAUAACGAUGGGCUACCCUGGCAAGCAGCUGAUCUUGGCCUGCCUGUUCGGGGCGGAGCCCUGCAGCUACAGGAACUUCACCUCCAUCUUCUACCCCGAAUAUGGCAACUGUUACAUCUUCAACUGGGGCAUGACAGAUAAGAUCCUCCCCUCCGCCAACCCCGGAGCUGAGUUUGGCCUGAAGCUGAUCCUGGACAUAGGUCAGGAAGACUACGUGCCCUUCCUCACGUCCACGGCUGGGGCCCGGCUGAUGCUGCACGAGCAAAAGUCCUACCCCUUCAUCAAAGACGAGGGCAUCUAUGCCAUGGCAGGGACGGAGACAUCCAUUGGGGUGCUGGUGGACAAGCUGGAGCGCAAGGGCAGGCCCUACAGCCAGUGCACCAUGAACGGCUCCGACGUCCCCAUCCGAAACCUCUACAGUGACCACAACACGACCUACUCCAUCCAGGCCUGUCUUCGCUCUUGCUUCCAAGACCACAUGAUCCAAAACUGCAGCUGUGGCCACUACCUGUACCCACUGCCCCAUGGGGAGAAAUACUGCAACAACCAGGACUUCCCAGACUGGGCCUACUGCUACUCAGCUCUGCGGAUGAGUGUGAAGCAGAGGGAGGUCUGCAUCAGCAACUGCCGGGAGUCCUGCAAUGACACCAAGUAUAAGAUGACCAUCUCCAUGGCCCAGUGGCCUUCCGAUUCCUCGGAGGACUGGAUUUUCUACAUCUUGUCCAAUGAGCGGGACCAAACUGACAAUAUCACCAUAAGCAGGAAGGGAGUUGUCAAGCUCAACAUCUACUUCCAAGAAUUCAACUAUCGCACCAUCCAGGAGUCACCAGCUAACAACAUCGUCUGGCUGCUCUCCAGCCUGGGUGGCCAGUUUGGCUUCUGGAUGGGGGGCUCGGUGCUGUGCCUUAUCGAGUUUGGUGAGAUUAUCAUUGACUUCGUGUGGAUCACCAUCAUCAAGCUGGUGGCCUUCUCCAAGAGCCUGCGGCAGAGGCAGGCCCAGACCCGCUAUGCGGGCCCGCCCCCCACGGUGGCUGAGCUGGUAGAGGCCCACACCAACUUCAGCUUCCAGCCCGACGUGGCCAACCUUGGCCCUGACAGUGGAGCCUAUGCUGAUGGGCGGACCCUGCCCAUCCCAGGCACCCCACCCCCCAACUAUGACUCCCUGCGCCUGCAGCCACUGGAUGUCAUCGAGUCUGACAGUGAGGGUGAUGCCAUCUAGACCCUGCCCCUGCCCAUCCCAGGAAGCUCAAGGACUCAUGCCUGAGAAGCCAUAUGGUGCCUUCUCCAAAGGGCGGGACAGUAGAUAUCCAAGCCCAGGGCCUUGUCCCUCUGCUCACCUACCAAAGAGCCAGGGCUCCAUGGGGUCGUGGUGCUGGUACAGGGUGUGAGAAUUGUAUUCUCACCUGCUUCCUACCCACAUCCCCAGCCUGCCCUGGUCCUCAGCCUGGGAUGUCCCCAGCUAGGCCCCAGAGACCCCAGAACUCCCUCCUGUGACAACAGGCCGCUUCCCUCCCAGUGCCAGUCACCAUCUGCCUGGAGAGGGACAAGUGGGCCUUCUCUGCCUUCCUGGCUUUGGCUGACCUCUGUGAACAGGCUCAGGGAGGGCAAGGGGAGCAUCAGGCACAGGGCCCUGCCAGCUGGCACCUGUUCUGUUCUGGAAAAUAAAAGCAGAAAACACCGAG